AUGGAGGCUCGAAACACACCUUCCCAUACAGCUCUUUCCGACUCCUACGCCUACCACCUCCAAACAUGCCUCAACAAAAAACACCCAUUUGCCGGAAAAACCAUCCACGCCCAAAUCAUCAAGUCGGGCCUCCACCUCGGUGUCUUCCUGACGAACAAUCUCAUCAACUACUACAUCAAAACCGGGUCGUAUGCCGAUGCACGACAUGUGUUCGACGAAAUGCCGCUGAGAAACAAGUUCUCGUGGAACUCGAUUCUCUCCGGUUACACAAAGCAGGGGAGGCUCGAUUCGGCUCGUGCUGUUUUCAAUGCAAUGCCGGAGCGCGACUCGGUUUCCUGGACUGCGAUUAUUGCGGGGUAUAAUCAGAUGGGUUUGUAUGGUAAUGCGAUUCGCAUGUUCUUGGAGAUGGUUUCGGAUGGGGUUCCAGUGACCCAGUUCACUUUUACUAACAUUCUUUCGGCGUGUGCUGCGGUUAAGGGUUUGGACGUUGGUAGGAAGGUGCAUGCUUUUGUUGUUAAGCUUGCUGUUGGCAGUUAUGUUUCAGUUGGGAACGGCCUUGUGAACAUGUACGCGAAAUGUGGGGAUAUUGUGACCGCAAAGAUUGUUUCUGAUAGGAUGAGGUUGAAGAAUGUGUCCAGUUGUAAUCAUAUGAUUUCGUUACAUAUGCAAUGUGGUCGUGCAGACCUGGCUCUUGCAGAGUUUAAUCAGAUGACGGAGCGCGACAUUGUUUCAUGGAAUUCCAUGAUUGCUGGAUAUAAUCAUCAUGGGUUUGAUAUGGAAGCAGUGAGUGUAUUCUUGAGUAUGCUGAAGGAUUCUUUUCCAAAGCCUGAUAAGUUCACGUUGGCAAGCAUCUUGUCGGCUUGUGCUAACCUUGAGAAGUUGGAACUGGGGAAACAAGUGCAUGGUCUUAUUGUAAGAGCUGGAUUGGAAACCUCUGAAGCAGUAGUGAAUGCUUUGAUUUCAAUGUAUGCCAAGUCUGGUGGGUUGGAUGUUGCCGAAAAGGUUUUAGGACAAUGUGGGACUUCAGAUCUCAAUCUUAUAGCUUUUACUGCCCUAUUAGAUGGAUAUAUUAAGGUUGGGGAUGUUAACCCAGCCAGACAGAUAUUUGACUCAUUGAGAGACUGCGAUGUGGUAGCAUGGACAGCUAUGAUUGUUGGUUAUGUGCAGAAUGGGUUAAAUAAUGAUGCUUUGGAGCUCUUUAGGUCAAUGAUAGCAGAAGGCCCCAGGCCAAACAACUACACAUUAGCAGCUAUGUUAAGUGUCAGUUCAAGCUUGGCGUCUUUGGAUUAUGGAAAACAAAUUCACGCAAGUGCAAUACGAAUGGGAGAGGUGUCUUCAGUUUCUGUGGGCAAUGCUCUAAUUACCAUGUAUUCUAAAGCUGGGAGCAUCACUAGUGCAAAGCAAGUAUUCAAUCUGAUUGACCGGAAUAGAGAUACUGUUUCUUGGAGUUCCAUGAUUUUAGCCCUGGCUCAACAUGGUCUUGGGGAAGAAUCCAUUGAACUAUUUGAGAAGAUGUUGCCACUUGGUAUUAGACCCGACCAUAUAACUUAUGUUGGGGUGCUCUCUGCUUGUACACAUGUUGGAUUGGUUGAACAGGGCCGGGGCUACUAUAAUUUGAUGAGAAGCGCACACAAGAUUGAACCCACCCAUAGCCAUUAUGCAUGUAUGGUUGAUCUGCUUGGGCGUGCUGGUUUACUUCAGGAAGCAUAUGACAUGAUACAAAAUAUGCCAAUUGAACCAGACGUUAUUGCAUGGGGUUCACUUUUAUCUGCUUGUAAGCUUCACAAAAAUGUGGAUUUGGCUAAAGUUUCCGCAGAAAAAUUGCUCCUUAUUGAACCGAACAACAGUGGGGCGUAUUCAGCCCUUGCUAAUUUAUAUUCAGCUUGUGGAAGGUGGGCAGAUGCUGCAGAUGUAAGAAAGUUAAUGAAGAAUAGGAGAGUGAAGAAAACCCAAGGAUUUAGUUGGCUUGAGUAUCAGAACAAAGUCCAUGUGUUUGGGGUUGAUGAUGGUGUUCAUCCACAGAGAGAUAAAAUCUAUAAGAAGAUGAAGAAAAUCUGGAAAGAGAUUAAAAAUAUUGGUUUUGUCCCUGAUACUGAGUCAGUAUUGCAUGACGUUGCAGAAGAAGUGAAGGAGAAAAUGCUUAUGCAUCACAGUGAGAAACUUGCAAUUGCAUUUGGGCUAAUAAUUACCCCAGAGAACAGUACUCUGAGGAUUAUGAAAAACCUUAGAGUUUGUAAUGAUUGUCACUCUGCCAUUAAAUUUAUCUCCAAGCUUGUGGGCAGAGAAAUCAUUCUGAGAGAUGCUACUCGUUUUCACCAUUUUAAGGAUGGGACGUGUUCUUGUCAGGACUAUUGGUAGACAUACAGAUAAGUGGUUUUAUGUUCAAGACUUCAAGCAUACAAAGAUGGUUGUAUGUACUAUGUAGGAGCUGAAGUUCUGGGUGACUACUUAAUUCUAUGCGGCUCCAGGAUGCUGCUAAGAUAGCCAUUA